AUGAUAAGUAUCAGCAGCAAGAGGUCACUCUUCGCAGCAUUGGCCUGUGUGCCAUCUGUGGUGGCUGCUCAAUAUGGCAAUGCUACCGCAUCCGCCAACGCUUCUACCAUCAGCUUCCAUGAUCCUACUGGUGUUUCGACAACCUUUGCAACCAACUCAUUCAAUUACUCCCUGGCAAGCACGUACUCGGUCCAGACCGAUUUCUCGAACGAACGUCUGGCUGCUCUCUGGCAACAAGUCGGCCCAAUUGCGGCUGGGCCUGUGACUACGACCGUCUCGCCUACCCCUGAGUCGUCACCCUUGGCAAGGCCAGGUGUUAUGCAUCCUUACAUACCAAGCUACGAAGCAAAUUUGAGCAAUGCGAAACUGCCUGAAAACUUUAUUUGGGGUGUUGCUUCGUCUGCAUAUCAGAUCGAGGGUGCAGCAAAUGCCGAGGGAAAAGGCCCAUCGAUCUGGGACUUACUGGCUCAUAGGGUACCUAAUCAAGUCGCCGACAAUACCACAGGUGAUGUCGUAGCCGAGCACUACUAUCUAUAUAAGCAGGAUUUUGCUCGUCUGAAAACACUGGGCGUUCCCGUCUUCAGUCCUUCCAUUUCCUGGCCUCGAAUCUUCCCGUUCGGAAAGGGACCGAUCAACGGGGAAGGAGUUCACCACUACGACGACGUGGUUGCCGAGCUAGUCAAGAACGGUAUAAAGCCAGCCAUCACACUUUUCCAUUGGGACACACCAUUGGCGUUGUUCAACGAGUACGGUGCUUGGACCGACCCACAAAUUGUUGACGACUUCUUCAACUUCGCAACGUUCAUCAUACAAAGAUACGACCAGUACGUGGAAACGUGGUUCACCAUCAACGAACCGCAGUAUUGUAACUGGCAGUAUGCUUCAUACCCGGCUGGAAAAUACUAUCCUGCUUACAACAAUGUCACUGGAGGCCUGGAAGCAAGGUUCCUUUGUGGGCACUACACCCUGCUUGCUCAUGCUCGCGUAGCCAAAUGGUAUCACGAGGACUUCAAAGGCCGAGGUCGAAUCACAUUCAAGAAUUCGGCCAACUACUUCGAGCCAAACACAACCUCGUCAGCUGAUGCGGUGGCUGUGCAGAGAAACUACGACUUUGUUCUUGGUUGGUUCAAUGACCCAGUCUGGAAAGAUGGCGACUACCCAGAAAGUCUUCGCCAGACCUUAGGUGAUACUCUUCCCACAUUCACAGACGAAGAAAAGGCACUGGUGAAGGGUUCAUGUGACUUCUUCGCCUUGGACGGGUAUACGUCUUUCUACGCCUCUGGCAUCGAUGAUCUCGAGGCUUGCACUAGCAACAGCUCGUAUCCCGGAUACCCUGAGUGUGCUGGCUCGCAGUCCACAGCCCCAGAUGGUUUCCCUAUUGGGCCCUCUGCAGAUGGGGGUGCCAAUUGGUUGUACAGUGCUCCUGUUGGUCUCCGUCGCUUCCUGAAGAAGAUCACGACUGAGUUGUUUCCGAGUGUGCCUGAUAUUAUGGUUACUGAGUUCGGUUUUGCUGAGCCAGGGGAAGCAGCGCUAUCGUCACUCAACACGAUUUUGUGGGACCUGAGACGCGCAGACUAUUACCAGUCAUACCUCGACAACAUCCUUGCGUCGAUUCAUUACGACGGUGUCAAUGUGACAGGAGCAUUUGGCUGGGCCAUCUUUGACAACUUUGAGUGGGGAUCUGGUCUCAACACACGAUUUGGACUCCAGUAUGUUAACUACACGAGUCUCGAGAGAACUCCAAAGGCAAGUAUGUUCACCUUCCUGAACUGGUUCAGCCAGCACAUUUGA